AUGGGGAGAAGGGCCGGCCCUCGAUCACGAUGGCGGCCUGAUGGCCGCCGCAGGCGCACCCAAGGAGAAAUCGCCAAAAGGAAAGCCAAAGCUGCAGAGCGGGCAGCUCAGGCAGCUGCCCAGGACCAAGACCAGGAUCCGACAGACACUGAGGAGGAUGAGGACGGCCCCGAAAGGGAGCCGGUCCCGGCUGACAGAGACGAUGAAGAAGCCGAUGAUCACCCCCCAGAGCACGAGCCUGCUGGAGACAGUGUGGAGGUUCUCAACGAUCCCAGUUCUGAAGAACAGCUCGAACUGCCACGCCUCUCUGGAAGCAGGUACGGGUUGCGGCCGGCCCCCGAAAGGGGAGCCGACAUGCGGCAUCGCAGUACCCAAAGGAGCUACCAUCGCUCCAGAUCGCCGGCACGAUCACCAGCACCGAGAAGAAGCCCGAGCUGGCAGGUCGAAACCUCAAAAGCAAUGUCGCAGAUCUUGCGACACACGGGGCGAGUACGCGAGGACGGAUAUAUCCCAGUGACAGAGCUACUGCGGCACCCACGCCUCCGGCAGGCGGGUGCUACCCUGACAGACAUUCAGGAGGCGGUGCACGCCAAUGACAAGCAGCGUUUCCAAUUGUCAUGGCAAGGGCGCGGGCACGGUCGCGAGCUCCUUAUCAGGGCUACCCAGGGCCACUCACAGCAGCAAGUUCAGGACGACCUUCUUCUUACCCGUAUUACGGCCCCACAUGAGGUGCCGCUGGCGGUUCACGGAACAUACUUUCGACAUUACUCCUCGAUUUAUCACCAAGGCCUGCGAGCGGGAGGAGACCGAGGGCAGCGGGCCAGGAAACAUGUCCAUUUCGCCAUGGCCCUACCCAGAGAUCAACACAGGGCCACUUCUGGAAUGAGGAAAGAUGUCGAAAUCCUUCUUUAUCUCGACAUUCCACGGGCUCUCCGGGACAACAUGCGCCUGUAUGUCAGUACCAACUCGGUGGUGCUGUCGGAAGGCUUCAGUGGAUGUAUUCCCAUCGACUACAUCAUGAAAGUGCAAUAUAUGCACCGGCACUGUGCCAAUGACGUCCCGGGCGAUUCAAUUCCAUCACCAGGCCGCCUGAAGGCGGCCUUUGCCGCGAUUGGCGUCUCACCUCAGGAAGGAAGCCGAGGCCACUCGCCGGCCCCGGAGCGGGUGCCGAAAUCCAGGCGACAUUCCAGAAAAUCUCGCUUCGACCCCUGCAAGGUCAUGUCUUCUUUAAUUCAGCCACCUGUGAUCCUUUCUGACUUUGCUCAUGCUCAGGUCCUUUCUCACCCGACUCGCUGUCAUCAAGCUCCCACCUCGGCUGCCCGACCCCAGUGGUUUGUGCCUUCGCCUUUUCUUUUUGAGGGACCUUUAUCACCCCAUCCACGGUAUUGGCAGGCUCGGCCUCUACUUGGGCGCCGCCGCCGCUCCGGACGAAGCUCUCGUGACAGGUUAUCCUCUCGGUCUUUCCUUAGCAAGUUCGUGCUUGAUUGCUUCCAGUGCCUACGCUCUCAGCCGACAUGGUUCGCUGACUUCCUGCAGCAUUUCUCCAUCAUGUAUCGGCCUGCUGGAGGGCCUAGACAGCACUACAGACCCGAUGGCACCCGACGCCGAACAGCCGGCGAACUCGCCAAAAGAGCAGCACGAGCUGCUGCCAAGGCCCAUGGCACGGACGGAGCUCAACCGUCCCAGUCAGAUACCCCUGCGAUGCCGAAAGGGCAUGACUGUGGGAACAGGCAUGGCUCCACCGCCGAAGCAGGUGCAAGUCGACGGCCCCGCCACGGGUGCCGGAGAUGCCUUCCCGAGCUCAGGAACGGGAUCUGCGACAGCUACGCCGGCAGCCAACUCCGCUGUCACUGGAUGGGACGAGGACCUCCGCCUGCACCGAAGCAAUUGGAGUGGGUUCCCAAACGUACCAAAGCUCCCCCACCGGGCAUCGGCAUAAUCCUGGGAGGGGCACAAGAGGCACCAGCGGUACCAGUGAGGCCGGCGACGGCGACCGAAGCCAGACCAGCUUCUCCGGCCAAAAGGUCAGCUCCGAUGCCGGCGACCGCUCCGACUACGACUACCACCACCACUGAUCAGGACAUCACUCAGGCGGCCCCCGAUGGGGAGCCGACCUUGACAACAUCAUUGACCCUGAGAAUGGAUGCUGGUCAACCGCAGAAAAAACGUCGCAGCAAAACAGUGCCGCCGCCAAACACUGCACCUGCCCUUGAUGCGCUGCGGCUCAAAUGGGACUUACUGCUGCGGGUUCACGAGGCAGCGGCUGAAUUUCAAGAUGCAGAUGUACCUCACCUUCUCCACUUAUACCAAGCGGCCGGCGGGUAUGCAGCAAGACACCAUGACUUUCAUCUCAUGAGAGACAAGCUCAUGCAUGAGGGUGUCGUCGGCCCCUCAGGGGUGCCGCUACCUUUGCCUCCAGUGGGUAAUUACAUCCUCAGUCUCGGAGUGAGCAUCCUCGGCUUACAGAGCAGUGGUUAUCUACCACAGAUCAGCAGCUCGAGCACGUGCGGGGACCUGGUUGAAGCCUGGUCACUGGCUCUCUGGGAAAGCUCCCGUCGCGAUCUGCUCGAACAACUUGGGGAGCUUUUUACGCUGUUGCACAGUCUGGUCAGCAACAUACCCCGCCGGGUUUACGAUUCCCUCCCAUGGAGAAUCUCGCUCGACCAGCUGACCAUGGUGUUCCACAUGUGGCUCGGGUCUCCGGUUGCUCCUGCCCUCACUGAUCAAGAAGCUGCUGCUCCAGGCCCACUUGCUCUACAAGACCGUCUUUUCCGUGCUCGUUCCCUUUCGCCGCGAAGCGGCCCCCUUUCGGAGAGCCGAUCCCCUGCGAUGGUGGAGGCAUACAUGCUUUCCAGUGUUCAUGCAAGUGCUGAGCCAGGUCCAUACCUUCAGUUGUUGUCUGCCCAAGUAUUAGCCAUCAUCUGUAGCCAGCAGCUCCUUUCUGUCGUAUGCCUGCUGAGCCGGUGGAUUCUCCUUGCUGUGAUGGUACCUUUGCUUCACCCUGCUCCUUUCUCAGGUCCAAGCACUACGUCCUGGGACAGCAGUCGCCUUCUCGGUUGCCGGCGCAACCCCAAGGCCCGAGCAGCUUCAGCAAAGGUUCGUGUCGUCACACGAAUGCUCAUAUUCCUCUGUUUUUGCCUGACUCUAGGCUUAGCCAAAGGCGACCCUGGUUCUACUGCCCCCACUACCCCUACCCCCCCAGCGGUAGAUCAACAGACCAGCUCUGCUACUCAACACAAGGGCCAACCUAUCCAUCCUGCACCUGUUCAUGCAGGACGCCACUCCCUGAGUCCCCGCGCUAUCAUUCGUAAACGUGCUCUACGCCGUGCCAUAGGGCGUGCGACUCGGACUCCUACCCACACCACCACGUAUCGAGGUAGGGUGUGUGCUCUCAAUACGUUGCAGGGUGCCACAGCUAGUUCCACCACUCGGCCCGCUGUGCGGAGCCGCCCUCAGGAUACUGAUCACCGCAAGGGCCCCAGGUUGCGGGCCAUGACUUGGAACGUAGGAGGGCUCUCGCAGGAUGCCUGGUUAGAAGUCCAGAUCUGGUUACAUAACCAAGAAGACUAUGACCUCGUCUUUCUGCAGGAAUCGCACUGGCGAUUCACCAACUCCUGGUGCCUGCCUCGGUUUCAUGUCUUUCACAGUGGUACCUCGGACCAUCGCUUUCAAGGGUGCAUGAUCUUGGUGCGAAAGUCUCUAGCUCCGUUCGAAGACAUCCGAUGGUCCACGCCACUUCAGGGCCACCUCCUGCAUCUCCGACUCCCCAUCAAGGGGCGAGACGUUGACCUAAUCAAUGUGUACCAAUAUGCUUUUCAUACCGGCCCUGACCAGGCAGCCGUCGAUGGCCUUGCCAGGCAGGCCAAACCUGACCACGCUUUUCACCUGUUGCGUUGGAGAGGGGGAGCCCGGCACCACCCAGUCUCGGUUUCUUUACCCGCGAUACACUAUCAAACUGCGCCACCUGCCGCCGAAGUGCACCGAAACAAGGCUGCCAGGUACGCCUCUGAACAACCCAGCUCGUGCAUUCAAGCCUUCCGCGACAGCCUCGCAGAGUACCUACCAGCCCAACCUACCCCUGAACAGCUCGACGAAGCCUUGCAGUAUGCGGCUCGCAAACUGCUCCCUGCUAGCCACGGCCCUCCAACCCUGAGUGUUGCCGACAAGGUUCAAGGCACGGUGAAAGACAUGUGGACCAGUCGCCAAGUUGCCCUGCGCUAUGCGGUUGAUACACUACGUCCCCUGACGGUUCCGGCCCAGAUUCGCCACUGGCGUCAAACCGGAAAUCGACUAUGGCUUAGUCUUGCAAAUCUGUUCACCGCCUGGAAGCACCAGGCCCAAUACUUGCACCUUCAUCGCCAAUUACGCAAACGUGGUCGCCAAGCCAAACGCGAGGUCCUUGACGAACAACUUCAGCAGGCUUGGCAAGCAGACAGGCAAGGGGAUAAGUCCAACAAAUCCUGGCGUCGCAACGUCUUACACUACGAGAACGUCGUCACACUGGUUCUCGAGCAAGAGCUGCGGGCGGCCCGUGUACCGGAGCCGGAGCUGGCAGUUAUCCUCAAUCUCCACCACUGCAUUGGCUACUGGCCUGCAGGCCAGGACCCCACAACUCGCGUGGAGAGUGAAAGGGGUGUGCGGCAGGGAUGCCCACUAGCACCGAGCUUAUGGACUCUCAUCACCAUCGCACUGUUUCGUGCGCUGGCAGGCGUUACCUCCGUAACAUGGCUGCAAGAGGACACCACGAUGUUCGCGGACGAUCUACUACUCCAGUGGAUCGUCCACCGAGUUCAGGAUUUGGAGAAUAUGGUGGACAUCAUCGCCCACACCUUUCGGAUCCUAGCUCAGCUUGGCCUUCAAGUUCAGCAUCGGAAAACACAACUCAUUGUGGCAUAUAAAGGAAGGCAGGCCACACAAUGGUGGCGAGCUCACACGGCCACCACUGCGGAGGGCCGCUUCCUGCUUAUACCCCAACCUGGCAGCAAGGCACUCCGCCUGCCCAUUGUGACUAAGCUGACGUACCUAGGCAUUAUCCUCUCCUAUGUGGAUGCCACCACUGCCACUGUUGACCACCGUCUGCAGGUAGCCGAAGCGCAGCGAGCUCGCCUUCUCAAGGAAUCUAGCAGAGCGCUGCUCGAGCGCCUGAACGUAGAGGACCCCUUACUUUCCUUGCUGCAACGGCCUCGGAUCAUGCACUGGUUGGUUCAUAUCACUGAAUCCAAACUGGCGCUGACCUCACACCUGGCGAUCGCAGCUGCAUCUCCCACGCUCCUGCCCGGCCCCCUGAAAGGGAUGGAUGCAGCAGAGGUGCGCAAACACAGCAUCGAUGGGUUACACGAACCGACCAGCAUGCUGCAACAUGCCCGGUCCUUUGGCAAGCCCGCAUCUGUUGUCUUGCUCAGAGUAGCUUGGUUUCACCUGCCCCUGCUCUGGUCGCUCCUCCCAAUUGCGAUGGCAAUGGAGAGCUUGCAAAUGGACCUCGACCAGGAAGAACAGAGUGUGUUUGGAGGGCUUCUAGGGAAAAGAGCCCUACAGACGGACUUGACAGAGAAUCCAACCAAAUAUCAGCAUCCAGGAGGCAAAGGCCCUCCGCCGAAUCGGAGCAGCGGCACGCGCCAACAGCAGCAACCGUUGACGGGACGCGGCCGCCAUGCGGCCCCCUUUCAGGGGAGCCGGGGCAGCGACGUCCCAGACAAUCGCAAUGGACCCUCCAAGAUGCCUUCGGGAAAUCAUGCUCUGCUGCAUCGAGUUGCAAAGGCCCUCAUCGUCCAAGCGGACUAUCUGUCGCGCCUUCAGAGCGAUCACACUGUCAUCUUCACAUUUCGAACAGGCAACGGCCCACAGCUGAUGGUGCCGCUUCUCCAGGAGGUGGCGACAACUUGGCGCGAACAACGACAGCAGAACAAGGUGACCCGCUCCUUGAAGCAAACUCUCAUCCAAUAUCUUGCAGCCGAACUGGUGACCAGGAUCAAUGCCUUCGCAGCCGACACUGAGUCCCAGAAGAAGGCCCAGGAACUAGGAUGGACCACGUCGGAGGGGGAGUUCAACUUCUUGGACUGGGACUUCGAGGACAAGAAGCUCGUCCCCCGGCAAGGGGAGACGCUUACUCACGAUCAACUCCUCACAGAUGCCAAGAGACUCAAAGCCCUGCUGAAGAAUCCAGACCUAGUCUUGAAGUUCAGCGGAGGCCGCAACGCCAAGCCCGACUCGACAUCCGAGACAGCGACCUUUGUGUUGGAGCUGUCCAUGCAGCAACCAGAAGCAUCGGAGGCGAUGGCGAUCUUCCGGAAAUGGUAUGCCAACUCAGCGCUCCUGCUCCUCUCUCUCCGGCUCAAACCGGCCCGCCCAGAGCGGUCGCCGUUGAUCAAGGAGAUCCAGGAGGCUGUGGGAUGGUAG